CUGCAACAUUCAGCCAAAAUGCCUCACGCUACCACCAACGGCGAGAAGACCUCGUCCCAGUUCAUCGACCGUCUUGCUUCGCUGCCCGCCGUCGACGAGGGCAUCAAGAACUUCAAGGCCAACCCUUACGGCAAGAAGUCGCUCGAGGUCGCCGACGGCGUCUACGCACGCUUCGGCAAGCCUGUUGAGCCUUACCUCGAGACUCCUUACGGCUACGCCAAGCCCUACGUCCAAAAGGCUGACGAGCUCGCUACAUCUGGCCUCGAGCGCGUUGAGAACCACUUCCCCAUCGUCACCAAGGACACCAACACCAUCAUCGAGACCAGCAAGAGCUACGUCUUCUGGCCAUACAACUACGUCAGCAGCACCUACAGCGAUGAGUACACCAAGACUGCUAAGCACAACGGCCGUGGCGGCGGUGUCGUUACUGGCGUGCUCGCCCUUGUCUGCACUGAGCUGAAGAUCGCCUCAGACUUCUUCCAGACUGUCGCCGAG